AUGGCGACAGGCUUUGGUAAUGGAGGUGUUCUACAGGUGAACCCUUUAGAUGAAUCAAGGAAGGAACCAGUUGUGUUGAGUGACCGUUCCCAGAUAUUGUUCAAGGAGUCACGUCAUCCUCAGAACAUGCCACUAAUAUGCUAUUACUUCAGUGAUGCUAACUUUUUUGCUUCCCUUUCUUGGGUGUCAUCAAACACAAAAGAAAUACAGGCUGUAGUAUGGAUAAUGAGCAAAGGUGAAGACUUGGUUGAGAAGAAAGUAUUCACCAUGGCAGAACGACUGCCGCCCAUUCAGUCCAUGGUCCACACGGGUUCCUUUCACCUCCUUAUUGUCUACUGUGGAGACUUGUAUUUGCGCCUCUUUGGAGAUCACUUCCGGGCAUUCAAACCCCUAAGCAUAGUGCCCUGCCGUUUCAACAUCAGCUGCCUCUGCUAUGAUCCAGAAAUGAAGAUGCUUUUAUCAGGCAUUCUGGGAGCAGUGAUCACAUGGAUCAUUGAGCGAAGUGGCAAGGGCCUCCAAAUAGCCUACACAGUUUCCAUGCCUGGUGAGGAGCUGGUCCAGGACAUCGUGCUGAAUGGCCCUGACGGCUCUCUCUUAGCCCUGUGUGAGACUGUUGUGAGAGUCCUCGAGCGUCAAGGCCUGGGCUCUCUGGCAGAAGUGAAACGGUUCACAUCCACCAGCAGUGGCUCCUCUAUCACCUGCUGCUUCACCUGUUUUGAUCAAAACCUCUUCUAUGCAGGGAACAAAGCUGGGGACAUUCAAGCAUGGAAUCUCAGUCGGACCUCCUACCUGCACAGUUUCAAAGCCCAUUCCUUGUCAGUGGUCUGCAUUCGCAGCCGGCCAGAGGCUCACAUCCUGCUGACAGCGGGCAGUGAAGGCUUUAUCAAAGAGUGGAAUCUUACUUCAGGGAACUUGCUGCGGCGGCUCGAACUUGGUGAAAGCUUGCAUCGGCUUCAGUUUAUUGACAGCAUCACUUUCUUCUGCCAAACCACCCAUAGUUUUUCCUUACGCCGCCUGCCCUAUUUCUACAGCCUCUUCAAUGUCUGUGGUUCUAUUCCUCUCCAGGUACGCCGGGUUUACUGUGGAGACAACUGGUACAGGAUCUUAUGCACAACCGAGGACGGCUUGUUGCAUUUUGUGUCACCACAAACAGGGGACCUCUUAGUUCUCACCUGGCCCUUCUCAAUCCUGGAUCAGGCUGUGGAUUGGGCCUAUAACCCAGUUGGAGAGGAACUCUUUGUGGCCACAGGAACCUCAGAGGUGCUAGUAUUUGAUACAACCCGCUGCCCAUGCCCAGCCAAAUAUAUCUUGUGCACCUCACCAAAUUCUCUGGACAUAGUCCAAUGCCUAGCUUAUGGGCAUUUCCAUCUAGGUCGGGGCCUUAAAGGGCUAAUGUUCUCCGGGCACCAGAGUGGUGUGAUAAGAGUACUUUCUCAACACAGUUGUGCCCGUAUAGAGAAAUUCUUGCACUUUGGGGCUGUAUUGGCACUUUCUACACUGUCAAGAGGGUCCUCUGGUGACCGAGAAAGCUCUUUGCUCUGUUCCUAUGGAAUGGAUGACUAUGUACACCUCUCAGAGGCUGUACUUAUGGGGACUAGAGUACACUUGAAACUUCUUGCCAGUAUUCUUAGUAGCUGUCACUUAAAUCACCUGAUCCUCUUGCCCAAAUCUGUGGGUGCCAUCACAGAGACUAACUGCCUACAUCUUUGGAAGUUCCAGGAUGUCCUAUCCACUGAGUCACACAAAGGCUCUAAGUUCAUGGAAACAUUGCCUCUGCACCAGUGUACCAUAACAUCCUUUGAUGUCUGUCUGUCUUUGAAUCUUUUUGUCACUGGUGGUAGCGAUGGUUCAGUCAGAAUCUGGGACUUCCAUGGUAGGCUCAUAGCCAUGCUGGACUCAUCAUUGCAUUUUGGCCCACUCUGCUUUGCAAAUGACCGGGGUGACUUGCUUGUCACUUUCAACCAGAGUCUGUAUUUGGUGUCCUGUUUAAAACUGCUUCCUCCAAACUUACUUGUUCGCCUGUCCUUCAUGAGCAUAACAGAUGAAAUAAUAGAAGUUCCUAAACCUUUCAUGCCAAGCUUCUUCUUCUCCUUUGAGACCUUGUUUGUGCCCAAGUAUCUCUACUUUGGACAAGGGCAACAAGAAUUAAUGGGUCUAGAAAAACUUACCAACAAGCGAGCCAUUGCCUUUGACCACUCUGUGCCACAUGUUAUAGAAGAAGAAGAAGAAGGGGACAUCGUAUUGCUGGCUACCCGCAAAUAUGAUUCUUUGACUUUGGUGGAAACUGAUUUGAUGCAAGCAAGAGACCAAGAUCACAAACCUCAUUACACAGUACCUCCCCAGCUACAGUUUACUGGCUGGGAAGGACUCAUCCCCUACCAGAUAUUGCAAUAUUACUUUGGUCAGGACAGGAAAUGGCUCUGUGCCCCUGAUGGCUACAUCCCCAAUUCAGUAAUCCGUGCUCGUCUUUGGCCAGAGGGCAGCCCAAUAUAUCUACAGUGCAGCCUACACCCACCCCAGCGAGAAUUGGAAUGGGACAAAAGUCAGCAGUUCUUUUUCUGGCACAGUAGGUCACGAGCUAUAAGGGAUUUGGAGCAUCAUCCACAAGAGAAGGAGGAUGAAAGCUUCAUAGAAAUGAGAAUGUCCAACGACCUAACUUACAAUGUCCUUACUGAAACAGCCAUCCGCAGCUGGCUGGGCAGAAAGAUGAGUGACAUUACUAUUAAUAGUCUGAUAGAGACAAUCCUCAAUAUUAUGAUCCAUGCUCCUCCACUGAAAUUCCAGUACUGCAUUGGUGCGCUAGGACAAAUCUUUGCCUCUUACCAAGUGUCUCCUUCCUUGCGCUCUGAGACAGCCCGUCGACUUCUGGAUGAUACAGCUAACUCCAAUCCCCAGAUUCGAGAACUAGCCUGGGAAGGGCUGAAGCGCCUAGGAAUGAUUACUCAUCUCUUUGCUGUGCCUCUAGCCCAAGGAUUAAUGGACAAGGAUCAAAGGGUGAGGAAUAAGGUCUUGAACCUUAUGACUGAUACUGGAAUCCACUCAAAGAACUCACUCUUAUGCUUGAUCCAGAACCGAGAAACUUUCCAGGAGAUGCAGCAAGAGGUUAUUGGAGAGGAGACUCUGGACCGUCUGCUGGGGAUGCAGGCAACAGAUCUUCAAAUCCUUUAUACUAAGGUGGUACAGCGACUGAAUGAGAACUUAACCUUGUUACAAGAAGAUGAAAAGCCUGCUCUUUCUUUGCAUGUUUCAAAACUUUCUGACUCCAAGUCUUAUGAUAGUCAAGGUAGCACAAUUCCUGAAGAAUCUUAUGUCAUCACCAAGCCCAGCAAAGGCCAUAAACGGGGUCGAACAGGAGGCAAAAGGCACACCCGGAAAUGGUUUCGGAGUCUCAAGAAGUUAAAAGAGGGAUACUCAAAACAGCCAGGCCCAUUUGACGCUGAAAGUGAUCAGAGUGGAGUUGCACCAACUGAGGAUGACACAACCAGAGAGCCAAAAGAGACUUUAAAGGAUCAUAUUUUGUCGGCCCUGAAGAAAAUACAUGACAAAAAAGGCAAAAGAAUUACACCUCCAAAACACAGUAAGAGACAAAAGAAGAAGAGCAAAGAAGAUGAAAUUGUAACUGAGGUACCUCAGCCUCCUGUAGAGGAAAAGCCAAGUGUGAAGACGAUUAAGGCUGGUGGGCGGGGUGCCGCUGGAGUGCCUGGCCACAAGGCCAUUGGAGAUGACUUGUCAUGGAGAGAUGAUCUAUGUCGCCUCAUGACACUGAGAAUAUCUGGUUCCCAAACAAAAAUGUCAGAAGCUCUAAGCACUGAGGUACUAACUGUAGCUCAAGAAAUGCUGGCAGAUCGACAUCCUAGCUGGGAGCUCUUCCAAGAGAUUUGCCCCCUGUUUAAGGAGAAAAGUCAGAUUCUGCUUGAGGACCUUGAACAGGAUAUGGCCUGGCCAAAGGAGAAACCAAUUUUCAUCCAUGAAGAAGCAAUUAAAAAGGACAUAACAAUCAGAGAUGAGGAAAAAGAGAUACCGGCAAGUCAAGAGCAAGAGGAAGCAAGGGAUGUGCAGGAGUUGAAGGAAACCCUGGAUGUGCAGGAGUUGGACGAAACCCUGGAUGUGCAGGAGUUGGAGGAAACCCUGGAUGUGCAGGAGUUGGACGAAACCCGGGACGUGCAAGAGUUGGAGGAAACCCAGGUGAUUACAAAAAAACUCAAGAAAAAAGAAGUUGUUUUUUUAGAACCAAGUGACUUAACAAAAGGAAAAUACUUAUCAAAGAGAGAAGAGAGGAAAGGACUUAAAAAGUCACCUGAGCUUGAGAGGAAAAUGGCCCAACAGGAAUUAAAAAUGGAUAAAACAAGGACGGAAUUAGGCAAAGAAGAGAAGGACAUGAGUAAAGAAGUGGUAGAAAUGGUAGAACCAGAGGUGGGAAAGGUUGACCAAGAAGAAAGGCUAGAUUUGACUGAGAAGACACAGGCUUGGCAUGAGUGGAAGGAAACCUUGGAUAAGAGGAAACAGUUCCAAGAUGAGACUAAGGUAUCCUGGACUGAAUGGAAGAAUGCUUGGGAUGACUGGUGUCAGAAACAUGACUUCAGUAAGAAGCUCUUCAUAGAUGAGAAGCUGGAGGGGGACCAGAGGAAGCUGAAAUGGGAUGAGUGGGGACAUGUCAUAGAAAAUAUGUUGUUUGGCAGCCCCAAGAAGCAGCCAUCUGAGGAUGAGGAAGAAUUGGUCUUGGAAGAAUUAUCUCCAGAGUGGGAAGAAGAGCUGGCCACAGAAGAGCAGAGACACAUCCAAGAAGAACAGAAACAGGCCUGGGUAGACAGGAAACAAGCCCAGAAUGAAAGAAAACUAGCCAGGGAAGAGAAGAGGCUGGCACGAGAAGAGGAGAAACUAGCACAUGAGGAGAAAAAACUGGCUCAAGAAGAAAAAAAGCUGGCCCGAGAAUAUCAGAAAAUGGCCCAGGAACGGGGGGAUCUGGGUCAAGUAGAGAGAAAACUUGCCCAGAAAGAGGAAACGUUGGCCCAAAGAGAGGAAAACCUAAGCCAGGAAGCAGAGCAACUGGCCCAGAAACAGAAGAAAGUGGCCAGGAAAUUGGAGAAACUGGCCCUUGAAGAAGAGAAAUUAGCAAAGAAAUGGGCUAGACUGGCUGAGGUUAAAAAAAGACUGGUUUGGGAAGGGAAAAAAGUAGCCCAAAGGGAAGAAAAACUGUCAGAGAAAGAAAAAAAACUGGCCCAAGAACUGGGAGAAUUGACACAGGAAAAGAAUGAAUUAGCUGAUAAAGAAGAAGACCUAAAUCAGAAAGAGAAAAAAGUGGCUAAGGAAAAGGAAGAAUUGACACAAGAAGAGAAGGGACUAUUCUGGCAAGCAGAGGUACUGGAUGAGGAAGAAAAAAAACUGAUUGAAGAAGAAGAGCUGCUCAUCCAGGAAGAGGAGAAACUGGCCCAGGACAAGGAAGAGAAACCUGAGAAAGAGGAAAAAAUGGUUGAGAAAGAAAACCAAUUGGCUGAGGAAGAAAGCCAAGCUACACAGGAAAAGGAGGAAAUAGCAAAGGAUGAAAAGGUAAUCCCAUUUACUAAAGCAAGAUGGAGAAAGAGAAAACUGCAAAGGAAAGCUAAGGAUACAUCAAUGGGAGGGCUCCCUACUGAAGUGGAUGAGACAGAAAGUGAAGAGGGUUUUUGCCAAGAAAUGAACAGCCUGUUAGAUGAAGUAGAACAUGAGAGUUUGUCUGAUGAGGAGGAAAAGGAGGAGGAAGAGGAUGAGGAGGAAGAGGAGGAGGAAGAAGAAGAGGAGAAGGAGAAAGAUAUAAAAGAAGAGAAGGAAAAAGAAAUAGAGGAGAAGGAGAAGGAAAAAGAAAUAGAGGAGAAGGAGAAGGAAAAAGAAAUAAAAGGAAAAGAGAAGGAAAAAGAAGAAGAGGAAAGCAUGAGUGAGGAGAAGGUGGAAAGUUUGAGUGAGGAAGAGAUGGAAAGUUUGGGUGAAGAGGAGCUGGAAAGUUUGAGUGUGAAGGAGGCCGAACGUUUGUAUAAGAUAGAGGAGAGAAGCUUAUCUGAAGAAGAGGAAAGCAAGCAGGAAUACGCGGAAGACAAAACUGCUUGGAUGGAACAUUUCCACCAGCUCAUGGACCUGUACCAGCUGAAGUCCCCUCGAAUCCAGAGGCUUCUACAGGAUCUGCUACUGAGAGAACCUCAACCUCAAGCAAUCAUCUACAAAGAGGCCCUCACUGCCAUGGACCUCGUGCCCGGGGAGCGAUUGUUCUACUGCCUGUUUUGUGGUGGUUCUCACACUCCUGAAGGUCCUCUUAAGUUCCAGAAGUGUUCCCCCGGCCUGGCGGGUGGCGGCGUGCGUUCCCCCGGCUGGCAGCGGCGUUCCCCUGGUCUGGCGGGCGGCAGCGUGCGUUCCCCUGGCGGGUGGCGGCGUGCGUUCCCCUGGCUGCUCUUCCCGGCUCUCUUCCGGUGGAUCAAAAGCAAAAAGUGA